UGUAGCGGCGCGGCCGCCCCGCACCCGCCCAGCCGCGGGGCCGCCUCCGGCAUGCGGAGCUGCAAGAUGGUGCGGGUGGCCAGCGUGCUGGGGCUCGUCAUGCUCAGCGUGGCGCUGCUCAUCCUGUCCCUCAUCAGCUACGUCUCGCUCAAGAAGGACAACAUCUUCGGGGCGCCCCGCGCCGCCGGCGCCGCCGGGCCCCGCAUGUACAUGUUCCACGCGGGAUUCAGGUCCCAGUUUGCGCUGAAGUUCCUGGACCCCUCGUUCGUCCCCAUCACCAACUCCCUGGGCCAGGAGCUGCAGGACAAGCCCUCCAAGUGGGCCUUCAACCGGAGCGCCUUCGCCCACCAGAGGCAAGAAAUCCUUCAGCAUGUUGACGUCAUCAAAAACUUUUCUCUGACCAAGAGCAGCGUUCGGAUCGGGCAGCUGAUGCACUACGAUUAUUCCAGCCAUAAGUACGUUUUCUCCAUCAGCAAUAACUUCAGGUCUCUGCUCCCUGAUGUGUCUCCCAUCCUGAACAAGCACUACAACAUCUGCGCUGUGGUCGGCAACAGUGGGAUCCUGACCGGGAGCCAGUGCGGGCAGGAAAUUGAUAAAUCAGAUUUUGUCUUUCGGUGCAAUUUUGCUCCAACCGAGGCUUUCCAGAAAGAUGUUGGAAAGAAAACCAACCUUACCACCUUCAACCCCAGCAUCCUGGAGAAGUAUUACAACAACCUCUUGACCAUUCAGGAUCGCAACAACUUCUUUUUAAGUUUGAAAAAGCUUGAUGGGGCCAUUCUUUGGAUCCCUGCUUUUUUCUUCCACACGUCAGCAACAGUCACGAGAACACUGGUUGACUUCUUCGUUGAGCACAGAGGGCAGCUAAAGGUCCAGUUGGCUUGGCCAGGAAAUAUCAUGCAGCAUGUUAACAGGUACUGGAGGAACAAGCACUUGUCCCCGAAGCGGCUGAGCACAGGUAUCCUCAUGUACACCCUGGCUUCGGCCAUAUGUGAUGAGAUCCACCUGUAUGGAUUCUGGCCCUUCGGCUUCGACCCCAACACGCGGGAGGACCUCCCGUACCACUACUAUGACAAGAAGGGAACCAAGUUCACGACCAAGUGGCAGGAGUCCCACCAGCUGCCUGCAGAGUUCCAGCUGCUCUACAGGAUGCACGGUGAAGGACUGGCCAAACUCACCUUGUCGCAUUGUGCCUAAGAACCUAAAUCUUGAAGUGCCAAAUGAUUGUCUAAAAAAGUGCCCAAAACCAAAUUAAACAUUCUUCAGAUAGAAUUCUAAAAAAGAAACAAACCCACCCUAAAGUCUUUUCCAUAAUUUAAAGAUGCUUUUUAGCCACUGCCCAUCCAAGGGUUUCAGCGUAUUUAGCAGUGCAGAAGCUUUUAUCACAUUCUGUAGAUGCGAUUUGUGCAGCUGCAAAGUUGAAACAUUUUGCAUUUCUAGAUAAGCCACUCAGUAUGUUUUAAUAUCUCUUCAUAUUUUAGCGUUCCACUAAGCGCCCUAAAUCUCUUCAUUUUAUUGUUCCUUCCCAUUAGAGCUAGAAAUGCUACUUUUAAAAGGUUUUGCUUCUUUUGUAUCUGUUGCUCUCAAUAGCUCAGCGUUGCCGUGGCCGAUGGAGGAAGCCACUCGGGAUUCCGGUGCAGCGUCACACGCAAGUUCCUCAGUGUGGAUCCUGAUUUCCACCGCUUGGGUAUUUUCGUAUUUACUGAAUUUUACAUUUUUUAAAGAAUAACAAGAAGAAGGUCACAAAGUGGCUCGUACCUUAGCUAGGUGUUUAUAUCACUCUUGGAAUACUUCAGUGUUUUAAUUCCAUUUGGGACAGAUCCUAGUCCAGACUAGACAGGCUGAAGCAUGUUCAUUCCCAUCCAUCUGAUACUGUUCUGUCAUUUGGUUUCAAAGUUAAACCACCAUGGUAAAUGGAAUUAGGCUUCUCUGGAGGCAUAUUGGGUGAGAAAAGCCCCAAACCCUGUCCCUCUGCUUGGGCAGGGACUGGCAGGAUGGGCAAAAAUGGAAGCCAGGAGCUGGGAUUUUUAAAACUGGUUUUUGUAGGGAAGUGAACAGAGCUGGAGUGCAGGGAAGAGGAAAUGCCAUUACCAGAUUUCCCCAUGUAUGUCUGUAACUCACCAGUCAGACAGCUGGAGUAGUGGUCCCAUUUUCCUGUCACCAACAGCACUCCAAGGCAGACAGGGCAGACGCUUCCUUGGCUGCUUGGGGACAGGACCAACAAUUGGGUCACUUCGAGUUGGGAAGUGUUGGCCAUUAUGUCUCAGGAUAAAGGACCCUGGGAAGUAACUGGGUUUCUUGUGAGUAUGCUGGCAGGUAUUCAACCAUUUUUUACUAUUCUGGGUAAGAACUGACCCCACAAUGAAAAAAGAUGCAAAAUCCAAUAUUUAAAAUGGCACAUGUUAGUUUUUCUCAGCUUCUUUACCUACAAGCCGACAUAGGAGAUGAGGAAGGAGAUCUCAAGCACAACACCCAACCUGAGCAGCCCGGGCAUGUCCUGGUGUCCACCGUGGCACCGCAGCUCUGCUGGCCCCCACAGCUGGGACAGUUCUCCCCCACGCCCCCGGGCGGAGAAAGAGCUGGUGGCUUUCUCCUUCAUUUGAAUUAUCCCACAGUUCCCAGCUUUGCUUUUCCAAAGGGCUGUGGCGAGGCUGGGAUCACCCCCCCGCUGCCCCCUGCCCAGGGCUGCACGUGGUGUGGUGGUGAUGUGCCAGUGCCGUGUGGUGCCGCAGGAGCUGUGCUCCAUGUUCUCAUCGGUGUCAUCGUGCGUGAGGGCCUGACCCCAGCAGCGGAGUUCGGCUGUGCCGGGCACAGACCCCGCGGAGCACAAGGACAGGCUGUCCCUGUCCCUCCCUGCUGCCUGUGUCCCCAGGGAAGGACUGAGUCCCCCCAGUGCCGGCAAGGGCUGUGGGAUCACAGCCUCCGGGAGCUGUGGGGCCGGCAGUGGCUGGGCAGCGCCGGUCCCAGCCAAGCCAGCAAGGACACUGCUCCAGGUGCUGGAGCACACAGAUUGUUCAGCCCCAAACCAGCAAUUGCACAGGGAAGGAAGAGCUCUGUACUGCUCGUUAAUGAAGUGUAGGAUUGAAUCAUUUCUGGUGUCAUUUCUGGUCACUGGGGUCCAUGGUAAAGAGGUGCCCAGCAACCCUAAUCCUAAUGGCAAAGAGUCCACCGGGGCAGAAGGGUCACUCUGAACCCUGGGUGACCCUUGUUGGCUUGUCUUAAUGCCAGACAUUUUUAUCAAGAGGCAUUUUACCAGUUUCCUGUAGGGACCCAUUAUUUCUCAUCAGCAAAUUAAAGAAAUGAGAACUAUUAUUAUAUUGGCAUGAAAGCAGGGAGCAAGGUGCUCCAUGCAGUUUCUGGAACCUCCCCUGGUCCUGGAGAGGGACAGAACGCCCUGUCAGUCCUGGGGACAGCCCUGGCAUCACCACCAGAACUUUCCAAAGGCACAAAGGGGCACCAAAUGCAGAGAAGGAAGCACAAAACUGACUGCAAAUAUUUGGAAAUGGGAAUACAGAAAAAUUAUUGACAGAGCGCCAUAUUACAUCAUUGAUUUUUAAGCAAAACUCCCCAUCGAUGCUCCAGACCCACACUGAACAUUUCAGAAUCAUUGAUUUUGAUGGGGAGUUCUGCCCCACGAUCGAUGGCACAGCACAGCCCAAAGUAAAUUGCUUCUUAGUAUCAAUAUUUUUUUGCCCGAGCUUGUGCGAGGUGGAAAACCAUCUCAAAGUGUGCAGCUUUUGUUUUGCCUGGUGGGGUCUGAGGGAGAGGUGAGGGCAGCAGGGGAUGGAGAAGGCAGUGGCUGAGGAGGAGAGGCUCUCUGGGGCUGCCUCUCUCUGGCAGAAAUGCCUUUGCAUUAAUAAGCAAAUAUCUUAAUUAUUUAUUUAAUUGUUAUUUGGAAGGUGCUGGGGACUGCCCUCCCUGCUCAGGACAGCCAGUGGCCCCUGCAUGCGGCAUCACCUCAGCUGGGCUCUUCCUUCCCUCUCUUUGGUCCCAAACCUUCCUGCAUGAAUUGCUGAUGGCUCGGGGAGAAUUUUCCCUCCCAUGACUGAAUGUCUAGACAAGCCAACAGAGCUAAUGCAGCGUGAUCAAUAACUGUAAGUACAAAACAUUUGAGGUUCCAAAAUCUAGAGAAGUCCUCUUGAGCAGCUCCCUCCAUUUGGAGACCCUGCUCAGCCCUGGGCAGCCAGGACAGUGUCCAGUGGCAGGCACAUCCCGCUCCAGCCCCUCUGCCAACAGGAUGGGUACCAAGGUGCUGGGGGUGUACAUAGGUUUGGGAAUACAUGUUUCCUUUUAUACAUCUUGGGUCUGUGUUUUUGUUGCUUGCAUCUCCUUGGUGAAUGGUAGCGAGGCAUGUGAAAACAGGCAUUUGGCUACCGGGUUUAAUUGUGAACUAAACCAAAAAGCAAGAGUUUUGUGGAACAGAACUAACUGUGAAUGGAGGCUGCAAAAACAGGGCAAAUAGGAAAAAGCAGGUUUUCUGUAAAAGAAUGUGUCUUUAUUCCAAUGGCUCUACAGUUCAAUGCCUGAUGGAGUUGUUUUCAAUAAGAAAAGAUAAACGUUUUAAAAAAAAAGAAAAAAAAAUGCCAUAAUUGUAAUAAAGGCUUCAUUAUUACGGGCCAUACUUAAAAGCAUUGUUUAUUUUUCAAUGGCUGAUGUUCAUAAAAGGCCAGGGCAAGUCUCAGGUGAGCGGCAAAGGCACCCGUGGUGGGAAGGACGCUGCAAGUGGAGCUGCUCCAGCCUCACGAGCAUGGAGAGCCUUGGGACUGGGCCUGGGGGCUGGGACCAGGCUGUGUGUGUUCCCAGCCCGGGGCUGGGGACAGGCUGCACAGCACAUCAUGCCCUGGCUCCCCUCAUGACCGUGCCGCGUUCUCGUCGUGAGCAUCCGGAGCUCGGGAGCUCUCAGUGUGAUCCCGCGGUGUGAUGUGCCUGCAGCAUUGACUCAUGUGCCAUAACCCGAUAUUGAAUGCAUUGUUUUUAAAUAAAAUGGUUUCUUGUGC